UUGCAGGAAGCAUGCCAGGAAGUGACCAGUGGUGCAUCGAGUGCCGAUGAUGGAACAUCGACUAGCUCAAGCAAAGGUACGUGCGUUGUGAAUCACUACGAGAACAAACAGUCCGUCGAGAGUCGGCGAUUGAUGGACGCGGCCGCUCGAAGGACCGACGGACAGUCGUUGUAUAUGUCUCAGCUUCAGUUCCUCCUUUGUUACUUCAGGCUGAUUGAGGCGCAAACUGCGAAAGAGAAGGCAGUGGUGAAUGGCACCGCAAACAACUAG